GGUUUAAUACAAAAGCGGAUAUAAAACAAGGAGUCGAUUAAAUCGCGUAUCUUGUGUCUGAAGGUUGAAAAGACCGCAAUUUAGAAUAAGGACUGUAGUAUAAAGGUCUUUAUAUAUACCUUGAAAAGAAUCAGAAUUAGUCUGGAAAUGCUUCAAAUGUAGUCAAAAGUUUUAUCUUUGCUCAGCAUAGAUACAGCGAUUUUAUAAAAUCCAUUAGAUAUAUCAGAAGUUCAACCAAACGUUGUACGGUUGUGUUGGAUAACCGCGGACAUUCAACGUUUUCGGGCGAAAAUUCUGAAAUGGCGGUUUCUAGAAGAAUACUUGUCAUAUUCAUUGUAACUGCUUUUACAAGAGCUGAGGACUUGGAAGAAGUAUUGCGAGAUGAAGCAAAAGUGAAAAGCUCAGUAUCUCCUAGAUUAGCCGGAGCUAGAGCACCUCCUGUACCACCAAGAUAUUGGUCGGCUGAAGUCGGCGAUUGUGAAGACAACCCUGGAUUCGCAGAAGACUGCUCAAUUUGGGCCAAACGUGGUUUUUGCACUGACACAACUAUAGGAAAACGUUAUCCAGAAUGGAUGAAAAAGAACUGCAUGGUCAGCUGUGGCUACUGCGAAAAAGAACGGAAAACUAACUUUUUGAAAAUCGGAGCAAAGACCAUUGCACUGUUACUAUAUUACGCAUGGAUUUUAAACAUUCUACCCAUGUCAAGGCCGAGAACAAUUUCUAUUAUGUUCCAACCUCAUAAGAGGGUUGCAUUGUCAGGACUAUUUAUAAUACCCGCAAUUUUAGUUUACUUUAUUUAACAAAAUAUAAUAUAUUUCAUAAUAUGCUAAAUAUAUUUUCCAAACAUUAUACGCACCAUAAAAACCUCAACUGAUUUUAGUGAGCGAUGUAAUCCCAUUGAUGAAAAUAUUUUUCUGAAACACUAGCAGAAUAGAUUAUCUGUGGCAUUUACUGUGACAGGCAUUUCAAUAAUGCAUUUUUAUAGCUAAACCACUCAGUUAUGAUGAUUUUCUUUUACGUGAUCAUCUAUAGUUUCCUGAGAUAAAUAAAUACCAUGUACUCGUCAUAAAUAAUCCCAUAUUGUGUUAACUUAAGAGUAUCAACAUGAGUUGAGGUAAAAAAAAAAUAUAUAUAUAUAAAAGGUAUCAAGAAAACAACCCAAAAUAGUUGUGUCUAGAUAUAGGAAAUAUUUGUUUCCCACCUAACUAUGCGAUAGAAUCACGUAUAAACAAUGCCCAGCCAUUGAAAGAAUGAUGGUAUAAACUUAUGCCAGUUACAAAACGAUUACGACAAGAUAAAUUGCACAUUGUCUAACGGUUCUAACCUCUCUCGAAGAAGACAGUGUUACGUCAAAUUCUGACAAUUCACAUCGUCCGUUAACGUUGUUAGUCUGUCCUCAUAUGUUUCUUCAACUCUUGACCUUUAUUCUUUAAUUUGAUUGCUCAAGCAGACAAAAACGAUUGCUUUGCUAUAGGAUUGGUGUGGAAAUCACGUUUCCUAACAAUUUUCGUGCCAGGUUGUGGCAUUUGAAAGUGUUCCAGCAGGCAUAUAUAUCUAAGGUAUAUAUAUAGGAUUAAAACUGAACUACGCCUCUAUUAUAUUUUCUUAUUCAUUGUAACAUUAAAAUCGAAGAAAACCCAAUAGAAAUAAUAACAAUUUACUUUCAACUUU